CACGACACACAGUUGGAAGUUGGAGCAGUUGCGAAACUUAGGGUUCUGAUUUGAUUUCCGUUCUAGUCUGGUUUUUAACACCUCCAAUCUCCUCAUGGAUGCAUCAAUGGAACCUCCUCAGACCUUAUGUCUCACAGAUCAGCCCCUUAUACGUGGCAUAUUUGCAGAUUUUGUUGAUAAGUUUAAUCUGAAAAGGCUAAAGCAGCCACAUUGUUUUGAUCUCCGAACCACUUGGGCUGUUUUUGAUGACCAUUUCCAAAUCUAACUAUCCUCUCUCUCUCUCUCUCUCUCUCUCUCUCUCUCUCUCUCUGAACAAGGAAAAAGAAAGAUUGUUCUUCACUGCUCCUUCUUUCCCUUUUCGUUUAUUUCUUUCAUCUCUGUUUUCCAUGGUUCUUAAUGCUUUUAGCUUGCUCAAAUCCUCCUAACUACAAUAUAUGGCAUGCAUGAAGCUGGGCUCUAAACCUGAAGCCUUCCGUCGUGAAGGGAAUACCUGGUUUUGUGCAAAUGGGCUUCCAAGCGACAUUAUAAUCGAAUGUGGAGAAUUGUCCUUUCAGCUUCACAAAUUUCCUUUGCUUUCCAGGAGUGGGGUUUUAGAAAAGCUGAUUGCAGAAGCCUCUAAUAAUAAUGGACAAAGCUGCAUUUUGCAGCUUCAUGAUAUACCCGGUGGAGCCAAGGUGUUUGAGCUCAUAGCCAAAUUCUGUUAUGGGAUUAAAAUGGAACUUACUUCCCUUAAUUUAGUUAGUCUUAGGUGUGCAGCUGAACACCUUCAGAUGACUGAAGACUAUGGAGAGGGGAAUCUGAUCUUUCAAACAGAGACUUUCCUCAAUGAAAUAUUUGGCAAUUGGGCAGAUUCAAUCAAAGUUCUUGAUAUGUGUGAGGAGGUUCUUGAAUAUGCUGAAGAACUCCACAUUGUCUCGAGAUGCAUUGAUUCCUUGGCAAUGAAAGCUUGUGCCGACCCUAGCUUAUUCAGUUUGUCUGUUUCAGGACGCAGUUGCAUGCAUAGCCCUGGGGGUACUGUCUUAUGGAAUGGAAUAGGCACGGCAGCAAAGCCAAAACCUGCAAGUGAGGAUUGGUGGUAUGAGGAUGUGUCCUUCCUCAGUUUGCCAAUUUAUAAAAGAUUAAUCUUCGCCAUUGAAUUGAGAGGCAUGAAGCCUGAGAGUAUUGCUGGGUCCCUCAUGUUCUAUGCAACAAGAUAUCUUCCUCUAAGUAGGUAUUCAAACAUCAGUGAGAAUGUGAACCGUGUCAUCCCAGGCUCUGCUAUUUCUGCCCCUUCUGAAGCCAACCAACGGGUUCUACUUGAAGAGAUUGUGGAGUUGCUGCCUAAUCAGAAGGGAGUUGCACCAACUAAGUUCCUACUUGGUUUGCUUCGUACUUCCAUGAUAUUACAUGCAAGCCCAUCAUGUAGAGAGAACUUGGAGAAAAGGGUGGGAGCUCAGUUGGACCAAGCUACAUUGGAUGAUCUUCUCAUACCAAACAUGGGUUACUCGGUGGAGACCUUUCAUGAUAUCGACUGUGUUCAGCGGAUUCUUGAUCACUACAUGUCAGUAUAUCAUGCUGCUGCUGCUGGUUCUUCCCCUUGUAUAGUGGAUGAGUCUCAGUUAGAAGCGUCCCCUUCGCUGACCCCAAUUACAAUGGUUGCCAAGCUAGUGGAUGAGUACCUUGCAGAGGUGGCAUCUGAUGUAAACUUGAAGUUCCCAAAGUUUCAAGCAUUAGCAGCUGUGAUUCCUGAUUAUGCUAGGCCACUUAAUGAUGGUCUGUAUCGCGCAAUUGAUAUAUACCUCAAGUCACAUCCCUGGCUGACAGACUCUGAGAGGGAGCAGCUAUGUAGGAUCAUGAACUGCCAAAAGCUCUCAUUGGAGGCCUGCACCCAUGCAGCACAGAACGAGAGGCUACCUCUCCGAUUAAUUGUCCAAGUCCUAUUCUUUGAGCAGCUUCGGCUCCGCACAUCUAUUGCCGGAUGGUUCUUUGUUUCUGACAAUCUUGAGAACUCCCAAAACCCACAUGGGAACCUCUCACUUCAUAAGCAUGAAGGGUCGUCUGAAGCAAAUCCUACUCAUGAUCAAGCUGUUAGCAUUGACGACAUGAGAGUGCGGGUCUCUGAGCUUGAGAAGGAAUGCUCAAGCAUGAAAGAGGAGAUCCAGAAGUUGGGCAAGACAAGGAGUAGUUGGAAUUUCUUCACUAGAAAGUUCGGAUUUGGACUAAAAUCUCAGCCUAGCAAAUCCAAAGCACCACCACCUCCACAACCACCCACACAAGAACCACCUGUGAAUGAACAGCAAGAUCAGAAUGGUGAAAUGGCUAAUUGAUCUAGAAAUUGCAAGCUAACAAAAUAACAUUGUUUCCACACAUCUCUUUACUAGUUUGCUAGUUGAAAGUGCAUUAGCUUUGAUUCUUUAAUUUGUUGAAUAGUUAAUCAUCAAAACCACUGUAUUAUGCUUAGAAGCAGGUUUGUGAUUUCAUUAUUUUAUAAUAGAUUCUUGAUUUAUCUCCAAAUUCUUUUGUGAUAUUGGUUUUAAAUUAACACACUAUUUGAUCAGUCAAGUUCAUUCGUUAA